AUGUUGGAAGGUGAUUAUGUGAUAAUGGGAGACUUUAAUACUAUAACGGCAUAUCAUGAAAAGGAAGGGGGCAGGUCAAAAUCAGCCUCAUCGAUUGAAGGUUUCAAUAAUUUUCUCAACAUGGAUGGUACGGUGGAUUUAGGAUUUGAAGGGUGUAGAUUCACAUGGAGUAAUAGGCAAUAUGGAGGAAACCUUGUCCGAGAGUGGCUCAAUCGGUGUUUGGCUACACCAAAUUGGUGCGAGGCCUACCCUAGAUCUGCUGUGGUACACCUAAAUGAUCAAGGUUCAAAUCAUAGGCCUAUUCUAUUGAUCACGGAGGAGGAGCAGAAGACGAUCAAAAGACGAUUUAGAUUUCAGGAGAAAUGGUGUAAGGAAGAAGAGGUUGGACGGAUAGUUAGAGAAAGAUGGAAAGAAGCAGUGCAAGGGUCUCUAAUGUUUCAGUUAUUCAGCAAACUCAAGAGAUGUCGUCAUCACUUGGUUGAAUGGCAACGGAGCAAGGGCGGCAACUCGCUGCAACAAAUUAAUUAUCUAAAACAACGAAUUGAUGAAGAGAAAGGGAAAGGCAAUCAGGCGGACAAGCAUCAGAUUAUAGUUUUAGAAGAGGAAUUGGCAGAAACAUACUUAAAAGAAGAAAGGUUCUGGUGGGAAAAAACAAGGGUUCAAUGGCUCAAUUAUGGAGAUCAAAAUACACAAUUUUUUUUCAUUCAAAAGCGCAUAUCAGAAAUCGAUAUAAUAGAAUUCAGUAGCUAG